AUGUAUCCAAAAAACAAUGAGAAGGAUGGCAAACCCACCAGCCUUGACGAUCCUACGAGACCUGCAAGAUCAGAUUUGAAGUCUGUACCAUAUCUGAGUCCUCCAAGUUCACCUUCGAAGACCAAAGAAGUGGCUGGAGACGAAGCUCAGCCGGUUGAAGUCUUCAGCUCCCAUCUUCUUAGCCCUCCGUCAACCCCACCUCGACAGUCGUCAAUUUUGACGAUUCAUGAGAAGAAGGUGGAAGAGGUCAAGAUUGACGCUCCGAAGUUGAGGACUCUUCUCGGUCUCACAGAUAGAAAGUGCGGAGCUCCUGGAAGAAAAGGUUAUCCUUGUGGGCAAUGGUCGCCGGUUGCCAAGAGGCCCGCGGCCGCUUCUCAGCUUGAGUCGAUGAUAACACUCACUCAGUCCUCUGUAGAUCUCGAAGCCCAGUUGGAGAAGCUUGUUAGCCUUGUGCACUGCAAAUUUCACGAUGUUGGUCUUCCAAAAAAGAAUCGAAUCGAAGCCUGGACAAAGGAAUUUCCUAUUGGGGCAACCAGUGUUACAGAUCCGACCAUAUUGCUUGAAGAACAGAUCAAACAACUCCUGGCUCUCAAGUCUACCCAAUGCAUAAGAGUAGUGGAUGAUCAAAGAGCGCGGUGCAAGGAGAGUAUUGGCGGGCUGCGAGUCAAUCAUUGUGCAUUGACAAUGGAAGAGAUAUUGACUUUCAAGGCCUAUCUGAAUGACUCUCAUCUAGAAGGUCUGCUUGAAGUUCUUGAGCGGAGUAUGUACUGUUCCCAGCAUACAAAGGAGACGAUCUUGCAAAAGAUGGCAUCUUGGAAAUCGAGCAUUGCAGGGUACCUUGUCAAUUUGCCUACCCAUGGGGAACCUGAGGAGAACAAGGGCGUAUCCGAAGAUUUAAACGCCCACGACCAGUCCGAGAAGUCCUCAACCUACGCAACCGAUAGUCCUGUGUCAGAAAACCAGUCACUGCCAAUCUUUAACUUCGACCAAGACUUGAGCGCCUACUGGCCUGCAAUACACAACACCUCCCCUUUCGAGAUAGUCGAGAGCAGUGGCAGACUUAUAGACUCUAGAUCGUCAUAUCCCUUGAUCAAACGCUUAAUCAAUAAAUCACUGGUAAAAGCUGAUCUGUGUCAUGGUUAUAUCUAUAUGUAUGAGGUUGAAGGAAACCCAGGAUUUGUUAAGAUCGGUUACACGACACAACCGGUGGAAGACCGUCUUGACAAAUGGAAGUUUGAUUGCAACAGAGCCCCCAAAGCCCUAUACCCCAUUCCUCCAAACACUGUGAAAGCCGUCCCACAUGCUCGUCGUGUCGAGGCACUUUGCCACGCGGAGCUGGACCAUCGACGAAUUAGGAUCUAUUGCCACGGUUGCUUGAAGCAGCAUCUAGAAUGGUUCGAGGUUUCAUCCACAGAAGCUAUUGAGAUCAUUCAGAAAUGGAGCAAUUGGAUGAUAACAGAGCCAUACAAGAUGGGAUCGAUCAAAAUGGAGGUAACUGCCAGGACAGAGAGGAUGGACGACUUUAUGGAUGAGAUAUCAGCAGCCAGCUCAAGUGGGGUACGUGCAAGUAAUUGUGAUGUGUUGGUAUCGGAAUCUGAUGCUGGAGAUAUGGAAAGAGGUGUUACGGCUAGGGUAACCCUCUAA